AUGUUCCCCUUGCUGCAGCUCGUGCUCCUGGCCGCUGUGCCGGUUAUAUUGGCCGCGCCGGCCAACGUCAAGAGAGCCAGCGCACCAACGGUGACCAUCUCGCAACCCGAAGCUACAAUUGUUGGCUCAUCUGGGUCCAACAGUGUCGACAGCUUCAAUGGAAUACCCUUUGCUCAGGCGCCCACAGUCCAAGCCACUGGCUCCGCCAAAGCAUGCCCCCAGUUUUACUUUACCACCGAUACUAGCGACUUCCCGGUCUCAGUACUGGGGGAGCUGAUCAAUAUCCCACUAUUUCAAACAGUUACCAAUGCCGGUGAAGACUGUUUGAGUGUUAGCGUCCAGCGUCCAUCAGGGACAGAAGCGGGUGCCGAUCUUCCCGUUCUGGUCUGGAUCUUUGGUGGAGGCUUCGAGCUAGGGUCAUCCAGCAUGUAUGAUGGGUCAGGCUUGGUGUCCGCCUCGAUGGAAUUGAACAUGCCGAUAGUAUUUGUGGCCAUUAACUAUCGUGUGGGUGGCUUUGGAUUCAUGCCCGGAUCGGAGAUUCUCAAAGACGGGUCCGCCAACUUGGGCCUUCUUGACCAACGUCUUGCUUUGGAAUGGAUCGCGGAUAAUAUCAAGGGUUUUGGUGGUGAUCCCUCUAAGGUGACCAUUUGGGGUGAAUCCGCCGGUUCCAUAUCCGUCUUUGACCAGAUGGCUUUGUAUGAUGGCGACCACACAUACAACGGAUCACCCCUCUUCCGGGCUGGAAUUAUGAACUCGGGUAAUGUAGUGCCGGCGGACAGGGUGGAUGGGGCCAAAGGCCAAGCGAUUUACGAUACUGUGGUGGAAUCCGCCGGCUGUGGCAGUGCAACAGAUACCCUGGAGUGCUUGCGCGGGCUGGAUUAUACAACAUUUUUGAAUGCCGCAAACUCGGUGCCUGGUCUUCUGUCGUAUCACUCUGUCGCAUUGUCUUAUUUGCCUCGACCAGAUGGGACGGUUCUCACUGACUCGCCUGAAAAUUUGGUGAUGAAUGGAAAAUACGCCUCCGUGCCUUUCAUCGUCGGUGACCAAGAGGACGAGGGGACAAUCUUCGCUUUGUUCCAGUCAAAUAUUAGCACUACGGAUCAAAUCGUGGACUAUCUCCAGGAUCUGUUCUUUGCAGAUGCUUCGCGCGCGCAGCUUGAGGAAUUGGUUGCAACCUAUCCUGAUACCACCACCGAUGGUUCCCCGUUCCGAACCAGCAUCUUUAAUAAUUGGUACCCGCAGUAUAAACGCCUUGCGGCAAUACUGGGCGAUCUAACAUUUACGAUCACCCGACGCGCCUUUCUCACACUGGCGCAAAAGGUGAAGCCUGAUGUGCCGUUCUGGUCAUACCUGUCCUCAUAUGACUACGGGACACCCAUUCUCGGCACAUUCCACGGCUCAGACCUUCUGCAAGUCUUUUAUGGCCUCUUGCCAAACUAUGCAUCCAGAUCCAUCCAUUCAUACUACUUCUCAUUCGUCUAUGACUUGGAUCCAAACUCUCGGGCGUCGAGCUACAUGGAUUGGCCCCAAUGGAGCGCGAAUCAAACCCUGAUGAAUUUCUUCAAUAACCGUGCAGCUUUGCUUGCGGAUGACUUCCGUCAGGACACCUUUGACUUCAUCUUAGCAAAUGUCGCGUCAUUCCACAUUUGA